UAAGGUUAACCUUUUAUGUCAAGAAAGCGGUUACUAAAAAGUGCCGAGAAAGUGCAGAGAGUAUUUGUCAAAAGUAGCUAAAUUUUUAUUUAAUUGAGCAUCUUUCAUAGGUACAGACUAUACCCAAGUCACAUGAAUAUAUGCCGAGAUGUUGUCAGUAUCAUCACCUGUUUUGAAACGUCCUGAACCCAUUAAGGAAGAAGUAGAGGAAGAUAUCAACUAUUUUGAGAAUAAAACAAAGAAACGUCGGACAAUGACAGAUUUUAACACUUUCUGUACAUGGGUGUUAGAUUAUGAGGCAUCCCUUCAAAAAAGAGAGAAAUGCAACAAUUUCAAACGUGGACGAAGCCCUCUUGAUAGCGAGGGGAACAGCUUAGCCAGUGGGUCAGAGAUAAGUUUGCCUUGUGUUUCCCCACGGAGAAUCAACGGACAAGAUGAGGAUUGGGAGUUAAUAACAUGUUACUGCAGUAAACCUUUCGCUGGUCGACCCAUGAUUGAAUGUUCUGAAUGCCUCACAUGGAUUCAUUUAUCAUGCGCUAAGAUUCGCAAGACAAGUGUUCCUGAUAUUUUUAUAUGUACAAAAUGUAGGGACUCAAAAGUAAAAGUUCGUAAAUCUUUUCGCGUUAGAGAACCAAAGAAGCAUUUUAAAGAACUGUACCCGAAAACAUAGUUUCAGUAGUGAAUGUAGACUGGGUUUGUUAUAAAGGGUUACUGGUCAGUAUUGCACAUUUUGAAAUGAAAGAACAUUUUGGUGCAGCUGUUUUUUAGUUCUUUAAAUCUGUAAAUAUGCAUAAAAAACUGUAUCAAAUGGCUACAUCAAGGUACUGUUUAUUAUAUAUGUAUCAAUAUAUUUUACCUUUUUUUUACCCUUACCUGACAUUCUGUUAACCAUCUAAUAUUUAAUUCAAUUACUUUAGAAACUCUGUAAUAAUUUUAGUAGUAAAAGAGGUAUAGACAUGAAAUAUGGCAGUGCACCACACCACAGCACAUGGUGAGAAGAUCUGAAUGCUUCAUUUCAACAAGAAUAUAUGUUGGCCAGAUAUUGGUUAUAGUUUAAGUUACUUAAAAAUAGUUGAAUACUUUAGAUUAUUACUACUGUAUGAGUUUGAAAGUAAAAUUUGUUUCUUCCAAACUUUAAGAUGUUAGGUCUUAAAAAGGGUAGGUUAAUCAGUUUUGGAGAUAAAAUGUACUACUGUUUAUCAUUUAGGAGAAUUUAAUAACCCCAAGGCAAGAAUGCUCAUCAUAAUCCUGCCUUCCAUUCUUGUUAUUUGGGUAUUUAAAUCUGCCAUUCCCAUAUUUGUAUGGCUUACAGCCAUUCAUAUAAUGGACAACUCAGGAUGUUUUUAUUUUUGACAAGCAUAGAAUGCAUACAACUAUAUGUAUGUGAGAAUGUCAAUUUAAACAUAUUUGAAUCUCAAUUGUGAAACUAAGAUUAACUUUAUAAUUGAUAUAGAAAAAUAAGAUUAUUAUUCUGCAUCCUCUCGUAGAUGAGAGGUGGUUAAAGUACUUUCCUCAGCACAAUAUGGUCAGGCAGGCUCCAGAUAACUUUCCCCGCCCUCUCUCGGAUCAGAAAGGUUUGGUCUGUUGGUACAUCCUUUCUUUUUUAAGUACCACCAUAGGACCAUGGAGGUGUUCAAAAUAUUUGCUUAUGCUACUGCCCACCAUUGGUAAUUUGUGGCUAUCAUUUUAGUGGUCUGAAAUCAUGAAUUUAAUAUAGUAUGUGUAUUAUGUUGCCUUUAAAUGUUUCAUCUGAUAUAGUCUCAAACUCCAAAUAGUGUCAAUAUAAUGAUGAUAAUUUUCUGUAAACAUAUUUAUAAAAUUGUUUAGGUACUGCAAUUAUACUAUAGAUAAUUUAGAAGAAAAUAGUUUUUAUUUUUAAUUAAUUUGGAGUUAAUAUUCCUAUUCAAUUUUUUCAAAUUAUAUUCUUGCAAAUAGAUGUUGAACAAUAUCAGGUCACUGAAAAGGUUUAGUACAGCCUUAGCUUUAUCUAUUUUUUUUAUUCAAUUUUUGCAGACCGUUCACCAUAUAGUAAUGAAAAAUGUAACAAAAUGAGGCAUGUCGUGGCGAAAUGGUUAAGUUGUCGCACAGGCCAGUAUUGAGUAAAUGAG